GAUCAAAACAUUCUCGCGAGUGUGGACUGCGGAGAAAGCAAUAAUACGGGACUAAAACGAGUAAAUCAAGAUGUGUUUUGUGGGGCGAUAAUAUGAAAUCAGGUUCAUAUGAACGAAACAUCUGUUUACGUUCAGUACGUCUUAAUAAAUACUAAUCAAGGCUCAUCUAUGGAAUACUCUUAUUGGUUUCGCCUGGUUCUUUACUGAAAGUUCCGUAUUUUGGUAUAUUCGAUCACGUGUCACUAGAAAUGUGAAAAGCCCCAUGGUAACAGAUUUUCGAAAAAUUUUGCUUCUAACUCUAAAAUGGGUUCAGAAAAUGAAGAAACAAUGGAGCUUCAGGCAGAGCACCUUUUCUUGUUGAUGAAGAAAGAUUACAGGAUAUCAAGAAAUGCUCGAGCAGAGUGGUAUUUUAACCACCUGAAUCACACAGUCCAAAUACCUAAAGCUGACAAGGUGGAACACUUCAAGGGAGAAAUAGAAAUAGUCUCUGCCAUCCCCCAAGAAACACCCAUAGAGUGGGAUUGGGAUACUAGCCAUCUUUAUCAAUAUGUGAUUACUCCUUCAACUGUGGUGACUUUUCUCUCCCACACAUAUCGUCUUGCACUCUGUCUGGAUCUGAGCCCUUCUGCUGCAACUGUGGAUUGUAUUGGAGGAUUUACUUUGCUUGAUGAGAUUCUUUCUUCAUUCAAAAAUUGUGUUCAAGGACUAGCCAGACCGUUUACUGUUCCUGGAAGUCAGCUUCUAUUUUGCCCAAAAAUUUAUGUCACUGUUAUUGCUCACACACCAUUUCUAGUUUCAAAAGGACAACAGGUCCUUGUUGCUGGAUGGUUACUACAGCAAGAUAAUGUCAAUGCCUUUGUGGAUCUGGUUCAAUUCAAACUUAGCUCAAUUGAAAUCCGAUUAUCAUGUUGGACAACCUUCGUCGAAGAACAGAGAGACGCACAAUUGGCAGAUGCCGAAAGGAUAGUCGGUGGAUUGUUUGAAAGCCUGUCCGAUAAAACAACGAAUAGUUCUACCAUCAGUAUGGCCACCCCAGAAGUUUCCUUUAUCAGCAUUCUACGCUACGGGAUGCUCGCCUUAGAGCUUCUUCCGGAAAAGAGCAGCGCCGGAAUCAUCAUCUUCACUGAUGGAGUGUUUGGAACGACUGAUGCUGGGUGGUCUGAAGCUUUGCUUUCUCAGCUUCGACACAACACUAUCGCCUGUUCAUUUGUCCAGGUUGGUUCCAGAACUUGCCAUCCCGCGUCAUCCGAAGGUUUUUUGCCAAAUAAUGACCUGAUGGAAUUUGUGGCGUCUACGACUUUCGGCACUUGUCUUAGUGGUGCUCCGCAUGUGGACAAUAACUACGAUUAUCAGAUGAACGUGUAUCAUAAACAGUUUCUAACUUGGGGCUUUGAAAAAUAUCUUUUGAGACCAACCCAGACGGAUUCGAAAAACUGGAGUCUUUCCAAUCGCUGCUUCGAAGCCAGCGCUAUCCAUCGAGUCAAGAAGAAAGUGAGCGAAUAUCAAGUCAAUUGCUCAUUGCACAGCGUCUUGUCCUGUCGACUUCGAGAGGGUUUCACCAUUAAGGAGGUCCAUCUGGAUGAUGAAGUUGUUGAAGUCCUCUUGACUCUUCCAUGGCGACCUGCAAUCCAAAUCGAGUAUUCGAUUAGAGGACAAUGGCCCAUAACUCAGGGAACUGUCAGGUGUGGCAUCAGCAUACAAGGACCUUACGAAUUUCUACACGACGUUACCUGCAAAAAAAUCCAGGAUCUUUGCUCCAGAUACCGCCAGUUGGUCGUGCAAUCUUAUUGGGCCUCGAUCAAAAAUCUGUCAGAGACGGAUCAACUUCUCGUUCACCUGCACUCGUUUUCAUCAAAUCCAGCUUUCUACACGGUUCCAGAAGCCAUCAAAAGUGGAGUUCCUCUCUUUUACUUGCCUCCGAAUGAGAGCUCCCUAGUCAACGCGUCGAGCGAUUUUGCUUAUCCACAGUUCGACGCCUUUUGGAGACCGAUUUGUGUUUUGGAUAUUGGUUACUGGCAGCGUUGGUUGCAUUGUCACCGCAUCGGCAUUCUGUUCCAGCACGAUCGCCCUUUGCCCAAGCAUCUGCAUGUGCCAUCGACUAGCGGCCGUUACCACUCAAUUCAGUGUCGACAAGCGGCAACAGCUCUGAAUGCAGCGCUACGAGACUUCACCUCAUUCGUCCUCCUGGAAAAUCAUUCUUAUAUCGGGCUGGUGUGCACUGACUCGGAGAAACCGGUAUCUUUCUACCUCGUACGGCUAACACACAAACCGCCAUGUGUUCUGAUCCGCAUUGCCUUUUUAGGGGGCACCACUGGAUCUAUCCGUCAAAAAGUUGUGGGUGAUCUGAAAAAAGUCAUUCAGAGCUUAAAUUUCCCUCAGCGCUCCCUUCCACAAGAUGCGUUCAAAUCAGUGGCCGCCAUUCCUUGUUGCAAAGUUUUGCAGAAACCGGCAGAGAAGAUUCUUCUACGGUACGAGAAAAUGCCAGUGGAUUUCUUCCAAGUUGUUCCAAACGAUCCGUUCGUAGGACAGAAUAACAACCUCCUUAAGCGUCAAUCGUCUAGUCCUGGUACGCAGUGGUCGACCCUCAGCCAUUAUUUGCAUCAUAGAAGAUGGAUUUGGUGCAUCCAGGGCUCUCCGGGUUUGUCUCUCAGUUUGAAUUCAGUUGCCAGAAUUUUGUCCAUCAUCACCAAAAUGAGGUUGCAAGAAGGUUUCAGCUUUGCUCACUCUGCCUCGGGCAUCUUUACAUUCCUUUUGGAGGUGGAUAUGGAGGGACGUAACUGCCAGUUGCUUCCGGCUACGGUCGACGAAGAAUCGCCGGACCAUCCCAAAAAUUGCGCCUGCAUAGUACAGUACGUGCUUUUCCCUCCUCACAGCACGGGAACGUUCGGCCAAAAAGAUUCGGAAGACGAGGCGACGGAAGAGUCUGACAUUUUGGACUCGUCCGGCGCCCAGUUGGAGAUUGUCACCGAAUGCUGGGUCGAACCCCAAACAGGAGUAGUGGGCGAUUCACCGCACGAGCGACGGUUUUUCCAGGGAUUAGACUACCACGACGUGGCCGAAUCGUUUUAUCCAAUGGAUUUGGAUUGCAUUUCGUCGUUGGUGACCUUUGAGCAUCUGAAUUUGAUGUGCCGCCAGGCGGACCGAGCGCUCGCUGCGGGUGAGCCGGAAAAAUCCUUCCCGCCGUCACCCGGAAUACACGGACGGAGGGAUGGGUUUUCACCUGCCGUUGGAAACGAUUCCUCCAGUCACUUCACUCCGCCCAACGGAUGGGACCGACGGACGGAAGAAGCGCUCAAGGACGACACGGUCACUUGUGUUCCAUUCUGUUUCCAGCUGCCCAGACUCUUGCCCAAAUGUAGCCGAGCCAAAUUGAUGUUCAGUACAUUUGUUCAAGAAUUCAAGUCCCCCGUCCGGUACAUCCCCAGUUCGGCGGAUACGGUUAACGAGCUCCUGUUUGAUCUCUUAACGCGCCAGCUUUCCCAGUUGGGUCUCCAAGAGGUCAUACUCCAGGACAACGACUGUCGUGAGCUGCUCAAAAAUCUGGAGCUUCAGGCGGCCUCUGAAUGUCCACUCAAAGACGACGAUUUCCCCAACAACAAUGAUCCUGAUACGGAAGUGGAUUCUUUUGCCACUGCGCGUGAAGCAAUUACUCCGCGCAGUCCUAGGGACAUUAACUUGAGUAAUCCGCCUAGCAGGCCAUCUUUGCUGACGCCGCUGAACAUUAGUUAUCGAAGUGGCAUCAAUUGUCACGAGGACCGUACAGAUCCGGCUGCCAGCAAUAGCGAAGGCGGCGUGCCCAUGUGGCGUUGUUUUGUCAAGAGCGUGAGUUCCUCCCACAUUGUGCUGGUCCUCCUUCCGGCCUCCUUCCAGGACUUGAAAUUGCUGAUGCUCAACGACGAGCAUUUGCAGAUGACUCGUUCACCCCACCUGACCAAAGUCAAGCCGGAUUUCACUCCGGAAACAGAGCCCUACACGAAUAAUGAAGGCUCGAUGGAGAGCAAGUCGACCAAUGAGGAAGCCGCUAAACAUUUGACGACGGACGACGAUCAGAUGACGAGUUGCUCUCAGUCGCAAUCGACUUCGCAGCCGUGCUCGUUGGGUCCUACGCGGACCAAUUCGUUCGCCGGACAGCAACGCCCACGACUGGCAAGUCAUUCGUCAGUUCAGGCAGCUCGCAUCCGGGCAGGCUCGCUCGACACGGCUCCCUUGUCCCACGAUCAACAUCAUCCGCCACACCCGCAGCCAUUCCAGCACCAUCACGUCCACGCCAGCUGUUCAGUCGGAUCUGCGGAUCGACGACACAGCAGCAAAGCGUCCAAUUCCUUAUUUGGUAGCGGAGCUUCCUACUUCCGGCCCGUGACGUCUUUGCCGUCUUUCUCAUCUCCCGUGAGAUCUGCUCCCGUCUUCGCGUCGUUGACUCUGCCCGUCUACGUUUUCGAUUGCCCAUUGACGAACCUGGUGGGCCAAUUGCUGUCCAGGGGGGAAAAUCCCAAGGUGUCUCUCAGUCGGGACCACACCUUCCCGAAUGAGGAAGACAUUUCGGCCAGCAAUGACGAAGAAAAAGAAGAAGAUAAAGAAGUGCCGGGUCAACCGGAAUCGGAGCCUAUCCCAGACGAUCCAGUCUCUGCCGGAUCUGUCAAUACCCUUUCCCAGUACUGCGCCGUCGUCGAGGCUCUUUACUGCAAGUGUCUGGGCCAAGCCCUGUUCACCUCGCUCCAGCUGGGUCGUGCCAUCCAUUCGCGUGACGUCGAAGCAGCCAUGAACCUGUGUAAAGAGACGCUCCUGGAAGUCGACAUUACGGCUUUCAUUCAAAACAUUUGUGGGCAUCUGAAGGAUUUCAAGAUGAAGGCCGGCGUCGAAGUACUCCGCCAUCAAAGGCAGACGUCCUCUUCCGGCGAGCCCUUGGUGGACGACGAUGAUGCCAAAUGGCAUUUCCCGCUGAGUUUGCUCCGCCUGCACCAGCCCUGCGCCAACCUCAAGCACUUGCACAAACUCAUCCGCACGCGUUUCCAGGAAAUUGUCUGCCUCUCUUUCAAGCCGGUCCCGUCUCUUUUCGAUUACUACUUCUACUGCCCGCCCGACCAUCCCAUUUCACCCGUACCAACGGACAUGGCCGCCCAUAAUUUGAGCGUCGGUCUUGACGACAACGAGAUGGUCGAAUUCCGGCAAUCCUUCGACACGGAAAAUUCCGUCAGUCGGACUUGUUCGUUGACUGGAGGCCGUUCCGAUUCCGGAUCAGAGCCCAUAGAUGACGUCGAAUGGGAAGAAGAUGGCGAAGGUGAGGCGGAAGUGCCAUCUGUCCCUCUUUUCCUACACCUGACGGCCACUGUCCGUUCGAAGAAAAACGUUACCAGCCAAUCGCUGAACGCUCUGCCCACCUGCUUGGGAGAUCUGAUGUCCAUUCUCCCUGGAUCAUCAGCGGUGCUGGAUUUGAAAGGAUUGAAAAUUACUUUGGAUUUCCUCUGUUUGACAUUCCGAUCGGAUCUGGAAGAAUUGGUUCCUGGUCCGCAUAAUCACCGAACCACAUCUUUCUGUAGCAGUUCUUCGGGUAUCCUGGACGCCAACAAUCCCUGCGCGACGCUGGCUUCGCAGUCGGAAUUGAGUGAAGAUGAAGACGCCAUGCCGAUGGACGAGGAUGACCGUACUGAAAGCAUUUCACGCCAAUUGUUGCACAUUCCAGAAGGCCAAAGAAAACCCGUCAAAGCGGCUCUGGCCGAAAUUGAGUGGAUGCUCAGGGAUGAAAUUGUCGCUUUCAUGCUGGAUUCGUUUCCCAUGCUGGAAUCGACACUGGUUGCCGUGGUCCAACACGUUCAUUCAUCACCACACCGUCCUUCCUGUCGCCGCAAAAUCGUUCCGUUGCAUUUCGUUUUGAAUCCACAGGAGAGUUCCCGUCGUUUUUUAGCGGAAUUCAAAAAAAUGUCCAUUCAAGGCCAUCGCUUGCGGGAGGAAGGAUCUUUCUACUAUCUCACGGAGAACAAUAGCUUGAAUAAAUUUCAAGGAUCUCUGGAUCCACCGUUGGGUUCGUCCACCUUCAGCAAGACGAACGGUGAUCUGACCAGUGAUGCGUCUGCUAGUCGCUCCCUUGUCGCUCAGACGUCGACCGAUUCGUGCGCCACUGGCGGGUUGGUGGUUGAAGAACAGCCGGAAGAAGCCGAAGAAGAUCGAAUGAACUAUCCGGCCGAAGAUACAAUGGCGGAAUUGGAGAGUGAAGCAACCAAAGAAGCGACUGUCAUGAUCGAUUCCACCAUCACCUUAGUCUCCAACAGCGAAGGUGACAAUACAGCGGAUGCUGACAUUGACGUGAAGCUGGAUGAUGUCAACAUCCAGUCCGACUCUCCGAUAAAGAAAUCUUCAAAGCGAAGAUUCGAAUCUGGAACCACAUCCAUUCCAGGAACGAGGCACAGCGAUUCGUCCAGUUUGGUGGACAGCAUCCGCAAUACUGAAGACGGCUACGAAGGUGGCAGUUCGGAUUCGGAAGAUGAAUGCGAAUGGCUCAAAGAUUUGGAAAUGGAAAAGCCCAAAAUGCCUCCGUUUUGGCUGGUGUUGAAAGUUAGCGAAGAAGCUGUCGUGACCUACUUCCAUUGUCGCUACGAGCUAGCCCGCCCGGAAGAAUUGCUACAGUGGAGGCAAAUCCACGAAGAUUUGCUCAGCAGCAUAACGGCACUGGGCAAAUUAAUCAACCAGCAAAUGCUGCUCAAAGAUCUGCACGAUACGAGGCUCUGCAACGGCCUAUUGGAGCCGGAAACAAACGACGACAUUUGGCAUCAGGACGAUUUGGCCCACACCAAACCUUCCUACCACCGUAUCAACUCGGAUCAUUUGCAUUACGGUUACCAGGAGCAGCCCGGCUACCUUGAAGCCACUCUCAAGUUGCAGCCGGGCACAUUCCAAUGCCGACAAGUAUGGGAGACCCACUUCCCGCUCCAUCCGCGCCUCAAGACUGGCCCCGGUAAGCUGGGUACUUCGAAAGGUGUCCAGCAAUUACGCAUCGUGCUCAGCGCCUUCAGCGUCAACAACCGCAACAACAUGUUCGUCUACCAGGAAGAUUCCGGCAACGUUUUCUACCUCCGCCUGAACGAGUCGUCGUGCAUCAGUCACCGAAACCCCUCGGAUUCGGUUUCCGUCUCUCGUUACAAUACCGAUGAAGCGGAUGGUGUCGUUUACAGCUGUUCCAGGCGCUCAUCCAACUGGAACGUUAGCGAAAGAGGCGGUUUAGAUGAGGACAGCGUCGACCUGCAACGGCGUAGUGGCUCCUUUAGCGAAAGAGAAAGUGUCGGAGGAGAUCAGAUGAGCUUGGGCAGUCUGUCGCUUAACCGUAGCCAACAGUACCAGUCGCAGCAACAUCUGUUGCGACGAGAAGAUUGCAUCCAGCUCAAAGUGCACGGCAUCACGGAAGCUGGUCCGGCUAUCAAAGGCGAUUUGGUUCGAGUCCUGCAGAACAAACUGGACGACGCUGUGCUGGAAGUCCUCCAUUCGCUGCUCAGCCGCAAUGCGGCUUGCAAGUUGACGUCGGAUGACGUCCAUUUCAUCCAGAAACCGCACGAGCCACCUCACAUCGUCCUCCAGUCAGCUGUCCGUGCUUGUGCUCUCCCGUAUUUGACCGCUCUGGCGUAUUACCUGCGCCAGAACUUGCUGGACUCGGUCGUUUACACGCCAAAGUACAUGGACAACUUUGCCGGCCAUCACUUCCAAGAUUAUUCGUCUCCAUUUCCGUCUCCUUCUUCGGAUGUCUAUUUGUACAAUCGACCUCAAGGGUCCGGCAAUCGUGGCAUCGCCUGCAUUGCAUUUUCCCUUGUGGACGGACAGGGUUCGCCAGUCAACAACCUGGCAUGGCCCCGGCCGAUCACAGCCGUCAAAACGGAUGGCGGAGUGGGCCCUGUGAUGUAUAAUGAAUUUGAAGAAUUCCUUACCACGAGCCUCUACGAAAAGGCGAUCGAGAGGAAGCGGCCAGGACCCAUGGCGGCCAUCGAAUUCCGCAUCUGGGAGCGUGGCCACAUCGGUUUGGACAUGUUGAGAGAGAAGUUAGAAUCGGCCAUCCAGAAUGCUCUUUGGGAUGUCGUUUUAGAGUAUCGACUCUUGCCGUUCCCUCUUUGUGCACUGGCCGAUGAAGAUGGUGUGGUGAUCCCGCAAGCUACGGGAGACGGCCUGCCGUGUUCCGAGCCGACCACCCCCGUUCGCCGUAAGUGGCAGUUGAUCCAGCCCAUCGUUCCCGAGGAGGAUAUUCCUAUCGACCCUCGUUCGAGAUCAGUGUCAUUUAGCGGCCUUCCACCUAACCGUCAGGGGGUUACAUCCACCGUAUCCCAUCCACUAACUUCUCAAUCAGCCGCAGAUCCCAAGUGGAAGGUGAGACAUACUUCGGGGACGACCAGCUCCAACCGUGAUCGACCUCUUUCUCCCGUUUCUAGUAUUCAGGAAGGCCAUCGAUCCAAUUCAACGCCAAUCAAUUUAGCCAAACAGGCCCGUUUGAGAGCUACUCUCCUCCUCUUAGACUCGGUCUCGUCCAGCACCUCAACGUUCAGGAGUUCCGGUCCGACAUCGCCGAUCGAAAGAUUCUGCGAACGGAGCAUGUCGACGUCAUCUGUCACAUCUUCGCUGACCGCCGGCACUUUCCCGCUGGAAUUGGACAAAUUUGAAUUGGGCGAACGUGGCAUCCUCCAUCCCGUCUACUCGAAAUUUCUGGAGAAUUGGUUCAAUUUAGGAGCCCAGAAGAACGUGGCGUCUAUCAAGUUCCAGAAGGCCACCGUCCUAGCCCCGUUGAGCGUGCCGUCGCUCUUGAAGGCCGUCAUUCACAUCUGCUCGUCCUCGGUGACGCCCGAGCUGUCGAUGAAAAUUUUUGUUUCGCCCUCGCCCGACGCUCCGUACGUUCCCUGCCUGCCCAUUUCCAGGUGUCCCAAACAGGGCAGCCUGGAUCGUUCGACGCUGGACAAGACGCACAUCCUGAUCGGACGCAAUAUGGCGCAGUGGAAAGAGUCGUUGAGUGGCGAGAUCAACUUGCCUGACCACAUCCAGCAGGACAGCAACGGACAAGUGGCUCUCAAAGUUCAACGAGCCCAUCAGCGCUUCGUCUCUUGGUCCCAAGAUUCUCCAAACAAUCCUUGCCCAGAAGCGGUGAGGCUAAUUCACUCGCAAAGCGGCCAUUUCGGCAGUGGCGGCGAUGUGGACAGGGUCAAUACGAGCGGAGAACACGGCCUUUUGGUUUCGCCAUUUAUCCCGCGUCAGCGACUCCUAUGGGCCACGGUCAGCCGUGACCAGGAAUGGGUCAUGUGGAUGUACAACUUCAACAAGGACAGUUACGAGUCGUUGAUUAAGCAGUGCAACAGUCUGGCCCAGUGGCACAACGCCCGCUGGGCUUUGCUCUCCAGCAUCGUUGCCCAGAAACUGGGUCUCUUCCACAAUCAGCAGUGCUCCGGCAGAGUCCACGCCCACCAAACUCUGCGCAACAAUCCGUUCCUGGUCUUGUCGGAAAUGGAAGCCUUGGUCAAGCUGCACGUCCCGCCCGCCUCACGCGAUUAUAACGCCGGCUCCAGCCGCAAGCCCAGUCAGUCCAGUUUGCCUCACUUGGCUCAUCUGGAGACUUUUAGGGAUAGCAAACCAGCCAGACUGCUGAGCAAUACGCCUUACGGGAAUCAAGGAGAUCUGGUGACUCGGCAGGGUCAGCAAUGGAUCGAGAAGAGAUAUUCCGAACGUCGGGAAGAAAUGCAACGGCUGCUGGUCCUGUGUCCGGCGCGAUCUUCGGGAAAUAACAUUUCGAUUACUGAAGAUAUCAUCCAGCUGUUCAAACAAGUAGCGAGAAUCAUUCACUACUGCUUCACGCCGCUUCUCUUCCUGCCGAAAUGGCGACUCCAGGUGGCCAGAACUCGGGAUCCUAACAUGGACAUGACUACGCUUUCAUCAAACAACGAAUUUUUAAAAUAUCGGCCGAGACACGAAUCUGGAAAUUCCAUCAACAGUGGCGGCCGGAACAGUCCCAGCAAUUCGCCUCCUCGCCAACCUAGAAGACCGACAGAUGAUCACUGGCACCAGUCGUUGUGUUCUGCCUAUUUACAAGAAUACGUGCAAUAUCUCCACACACUGGGCUUCUUGCAGAUGGAAAUCAAACCUUUGGCUACCAAACGGGGCCCUAAAAGCGCUAUGAAAAGUCAAAGACUCGCUGGAGAUGAGACGGGUAGAGUCCGUCAUGUUUCGCAUCCUUCGCGAAUUAAUGGCGGUCCUAGUCCAUCGUCGCCAUCAUCUUCUUCCUCUUCCGACGUCAACACGCUUUAUUUUCACAAAUCUCAUCAAGGUGGAAUCCUGGUGUGCGAAGUUGCCAUUCAAGAACCUUUUUUCUACACCAAAGUCUACGCGUUGGAAAUGUCCCGGCUGUUGCAAGUCGGUACGGGCGGAUCUUUUCCUAACGUGGCGCACAUCGCAUCGGCCCAAGCGCAUUACACCGAUCGCUUUCUCAAUGAAUGCGAUCACAUCAAAGUUCUACUUCACUUGCACUCGUUCACGUACGACUUCCACCUUCGCAGUCUCAACUCAUUCGUCGCUGGCCGUCAUUACCUAUUAAAACCCGGUUUCCAUUUAAUCAGCUUCUUGGACGAUUUUACCAAAUAUUACAACAAGGCUCCUAACUUUGCCAGAAAUCAAGUCGUCAGCAACAGUCUGACACUCAAAGAUCCUGCGACUCCGGGUGAACAGCUGUUCAAUUAUCUGUUGAGUCACGAGCGCCGUUACGGGUUCCACGUCCUCAGGAUGGCUUCUUCGACCAACUCGGACAGUGAUGAAGUCACGACGGAGUAUGUUUUAGCGAAACAGUGGCCCUUCAAAACCAUACAACGGGAAUAUGGUGAUCUCAAACACGCGGAUGACUAUGACGUGACGUUGUUGGUGUCCCACGAAUCGGUCUGCGAAGAUCCAAUGACCAUUUUCAUCAAAUUUUACGUCAUCAUGACCUCAAAGCGGGAAUACUAUCCCAGAUUGUUGAUGGAGAAGAAACCAGGCAAAUUCCGGACCGUGUCUACGGCGACUCCGGUUAAGGCGGCCUCAGCACCCCCAUUGGAAAUAGUCGAUCGUGUGGCGGAGGAUUCCGUCUCGGCUGCCCAGGAUGAUUCGACCCAAGUCGUCGAGAAAGAGCCAGCCUCUGUCGACCAACCAAAGAUUUCCAAGAGCAAUUUAGAUUUACAGUUGGCGGAUAAAGAAAGGAAAACGCCAACUCCCGAGCUGCUGUCGGUCAGUAAUCCUGAGGUGAGCUUCGCUCAACGAAAGGAGAGUAUCAUCGUCAAUGCGAUUGUGCCGGAAGAAAACCGGACGUCGCCCGCAGGAGCGGCGGCCGUUGCAGCGGCGGCGGCUGCAGCAGCUGCUGCUGUGAAGCAUACGGACAUGAGGUCGCCAAUGUUUAUCCGGCAGGAAGUGAUCAACUAUUUGGGCUAUUACACCAAACAUGAGCAAGAUAUGCAAUCCAUGAUAAGCGAGCAAGCCAGGAAGGCGGAAGAACUUAUACGUGCCAUCGUUAACCAGGCCAAAGUACACUGCCGGAGAGACACGCUUUGGCAGCGACUGCAGCAAAGUCCAGCCUCAUCUUCAACUAACCUCACUUAUUUUGAGUUCCGCGAGUUGCUCACCUUGUCGCAUAGGGAACCAAUAAGCUCCGGCGAGCCGCAACUCGUUCCUUUGCUAGCCCAACCGGUGAGUUGGUACCAAGGACUUGCCAAACUUUUACUUUCGCGCUACCCGGAGAACCACCGCCACUAUUCGUCGGCCGACGGGAAGAUUCAGUACGUCAUCGUCCUCAACCAAAGGCUUCCAGGAACGGCUAUGAUGCUCUCUUGUGACGUUCUUGCCGAUAAAGCGGAGCUAAGCAGCCUGUGUCAAGAAAUGCCAAGUACAGAAAUGGACGUGUCGACUGCUUUCCCCAUGGAUAACGGGUUUAAUUCUAGACCUAUGGCUAUGCAGGGAUUCAUCGAAGAUUUUGUAAAUUUAUGUGCUUUCCACAUGUGGAGUGGACUUUUGGGUUGAUGUGAAAGUGUUAAUGUUGCUUAUGAAUAUGUUUGUUUUUUCGGGGAGAGUGCCUUGUACAAAUUUACGCAAAGUUAAAUCUGAUAUCCAAAAUAUGGUUAGCAAGUGUGUUCAUUCCCAAGAUAGAGCUUCAAAGUAGUAAACACUAGUCUUAUUAACAAUGCAAAAAGCUUGCACUAACUUGUUAACAGCUUUUCUUUAUGUUUUGGAAUUGUGGAGAUUAAAGGACAAUUACAUGCAGUUUGUUGGAAAUAAAAAAUUGGAUUGAAAAAAAAAGACAUAACCAUUUA